AUGGUGAAAAAGGCUAUAAAAGAAACUCAUGGUAUAAUCAAGCAACAAGGAGAGGAUAUAAAAAGUUUUAUACCUAUUAUGCAGAAACAUCUAGAAUUUAUGAAAGAAUUUCAAAAUAAGAUGGAAAUAAUGGGAAAUAAGAUGGGAGUAAUGAAAAAUGAGAUGGAAGUAAUGCAAAAUGAAAUUAAUAAAAUGAAAAUAUUGUGUGAAUAUAGAGACUGGAUAAGAAAUUAUAUAAUAAUAGUUAAAAGAGAGGCAAAGUUCAAUAAUGAAGAAUUAGAUUGUAUCACUGAUUAUUGGGAAAAAGAACAAGAAGACGAGGAGCAAAAAGACGAGGAGCAAAAAGAAGAGAAGCAAGAAGAUGAAAAGCAAGAAGACGAGAAGCAAGAAGAUGAGAAAGUUGACAAGAGGCAAAAGGACAAAAAGGAGAAAAAUAAUGUAACAAUAAAGUUAAAAAAGUUAGAAGUGUUCUUGCAAAAUGAUUCCUUAACAUUGUCAGAAUUUAUGAAGCUGUUUAGAGUGCGGGAAGAAAGUAAUAACACUCUUCAUAGAGAUGUGCGAAAUCUGAGGAAAGAAAAAGAUAAAUUGAAGGAUGGUAACUUUUCAAAGGAUCUUGAACAAAUUAAGGAAUCAUUAGAUAAAAUAUUAGAUGCAAUAUUAAUUCAAGUCAAACAAUGA